AUGGCAGUAUACACAGAAAACACCCUCGAAACCGCCUCCCAGCCCCCUCGACUCUAUCACAGCGCGACAGAAACACACUCUAACGCAGGAGAUGUCGUCCGCGACAUAAUCAUCGGCUUUGCCGAUGGCUUAACUGUCCCCUUCGCAUUAACAGCCGGGUUAUCAAGUCUUGGGUCCUCGAAACUCGUUAUCGUGGGCGGUCUCGCUGAGCUUUUUAGCGGUUCCAUCUCCAUGGGAUUGGGGGCUUACUUGGCUGCGGUGACGGAUCGGGAUCGGUAUCUGGCUGAAUUCAAGCGAGAGGAAGAAGAAGUGCGUGUUAAGCCGGAGGAUGAGAAGGAGGAGAUAUAUGAUAUUUUUGCAAAGUAUGGGGUUACGAGAGAUGCGUGUCAGGGGGUGGUGGAUUAUUUGGUUCAGGAUGAGGAGGCGUGGUUGCAGUUCAUGAUGGAUUUCGAACUCAAACUCGAAAAACCCAAUGUUUCCCGCGCAUGGAUAUCUGCUGCGACAAUGGGCCUUUCAUACUUUAUUGGAGGCCUUCUCCCCAUGAUCCCCUAUUUCGCUAUGCACCACGUCGUCGACGCUCUUUUUGCCUCCAUCGGAAUCACAUUUGUGAUACUCCUCGUUUUCGGCUUCGUCAAGAACUACGUAACCGUCCAGACGAAACGCUCUGGGUUUUACGGUGCGGUGCAGACGCUUUUGGUGGGUGCGUUGGCAGCGGGGACGAGUUAUGGGAUCGUUUAUGGGAUUGAUCAUAGUAAUUUGCGGUAG